CUCUCUCUUUCUCAUUCAAUCAUUUAACUUUGGGCUCGCGCUCUGCUACGGCCGUUUCCUAAAUCUUACGUACACUCGAUAGAGCCUGUCUUCGAGGGUUCAAAUUUCCUCACGUGUUGCUUCCAGUUACGUGUCGCGCUACAAAUCUUCUGCAGCUAUCGCAACGGAGGCUGCGAACUCGCCGCAAUGUAUAAUCCUUAUCAGCCCCCUGGUCUCUAUGGCCGCCCACCUGAUUUUGGGAGUUACCCCGGCGCACCACCCGGCAUGGCUCCCCCCCCUGGUAUGGUCGCACCCGGAACAACCCCGCCGCCUGGAAUGCAGCAAGCCAAUGCCCAGCAGCCCGGUCGACCGGCUGGCUUCCCAGCCAAUUUUCAGCCUCCGCCCAAUAUGCCCAAUAUCAAUUUCUCCGCCCCAGUUAUUCGUCUCGGAACAUCGGGCCCGUCGAAAUCAGCUACACCAGAUACCAGCAAGGAGCGCGGCGGUGACGCUCCCGGCCGACGGGCUGGUCUGGGAUCUUCCAGUCUGGAGUUCCAGCGCCAGAAUGUUCGCGAUGCGAUGAUGCAACUACAACCUCCUACCCGGGAGGAGAUUGUCCGGACCAUCUUCGUGGGUGGAAUUACAGAAGGCGUGGCUGGCGACGAGGGCGUGGAGAGGAUUCUGCGUUCGGCAGGAAAUCUUCGGCGCUGGAUCCGCGCUACAGAUGCAGACGAGAAGCCGUGCAAGUUCGGUUUUGCAGAGUACGAAGACCCUGAGAGUCUUAGCACGGCAGUGGAAGUGCUAAAGGAUGUGCAAGUGCCUGUGAAGAGACAGUCACCGUCGGAGGGAGAUGACAAGGAAGAACGCGAGGUUGAAAAGAGCACUCUACUGGUUGUGGUUGAUGAGAGCUCACUGAAGUAUCUGGAGCAAUAUGAGUCGGGCCGGGGAGAACAGGACCCAGCUGAGCGUGAGGCGCGGAUAAAUGCUGCACGGAGCGCCCUCGCAGCUGUCUUGUCGGAACUGUGUCAUCCCGCUGCACCUGCACAGAAAGAUGAUGCAUCGGCCAUUGACCGUGAGGGCGACACUGCUAUGAAGGACUCCGAGGGGCAGAAUGAUGGAACUUCGGCGGAAGUUGUCACCAUCCCUAUCACGGUCGAGGACGAGCUUUCUGACAUCCCGCCUGAGAUGAGGGAAACGGUCGCCAAGGAGAUCGCUGCCUUCCGUGAGCGUAGCAAUCGCCGGGAUAUUGAGCGGUUGAAGCGGGAGGAAGAGAUUGAGUCUAUGGAGCGAGCCCGCAACUCUGGAUCGCGCAUCAACCGACUAGCUUCACCUCCUCUCUCUGCCCCCAGUGGGCCUGCCGCUGGCGCUAACGGAGUGCCUUUGGGCCCUCGUGACCGGGGUGUACCUUCUGGACCGAAGGCUUUUGGUGUGCAAGUCCCUAAGGACUACCAAAAGGGGGUUUCGUUUGUCAACGGGGGCAACAUUAACGGGGCUGCCACCAUGUACAUUGACCGGGAAGAUGAAGAGUCAGACGCUAGCGAUGAGGAGUUGGAGCGCCGUCGCCAAGAGAAGAAGGAGGCGGAGCGCGAGAAGCAGUUUCUUGACCAAGAGCGUCGCUGGUUGAACCGUGAGCGCAGCCGAACUGCUGCUUUGGAGCGUGAGAAGAAGCGAGACAAGGAAGAAGCAGCUAAAGCUCAGGAGGUGCGCGAUGAGAUGGACAAACGGUAUCGGGAAUGGAACGACGAUGCUGAGGCCAACCGUAAGGUUGAGGAAUAUUAUGCCGAUCGGGGCGCAUGGCUCCGUAGCCGAGCGGCAUUCCGAGCUCGUGAGGUCAGCAUGGACGAGGCGGAUCGGGCGGCCGAAGAACGAGAGCGGGCCCGGUCCGUGCAGCAACGCGAGCAGGCCCGCGGCAUGGCAGACGAUUUCCUCGCUCGGCAGGCCGAGGAGCUGGAGACACGCAACCAGGCUCCCCGCGAGCCCCAGCGCUUCAAGCUUUCCCUCGGUGCAGCCGCGCAGAAGGCUCAGGCCGCCACCUCCCGCCGCACUAUUGCCGAGGUCGAAGGCCUCCUGGAAGACGAAGAGGAGCCACAGGCCACUGCCAGACGGCCUCUUAUCCCCAUCAAGUUCGACAGUGCUGCCGAAGCAGCUGGUCUGUCGGACGAAGAGCGCGCACAAGCUGCCCGACAAUUGGCUGCAGAGAUUCCUACGGACAAGGAGGGACUCUGGAACUGGGACGUCAAGUGGGAAUUUGUGGACGAGAGUGUGGUCACCGAGCAGCUCAAACCUUUUGUGGAGAAAAAGAUUGUGGAAUACCUGGGUGUGCAGGAGCAGAUGUUGGUGGAAGUGGUCGAAGAACAUGUUCGCAAGCAUGGACCACCCCAGGAGCUGGUAGAACAGCUGGAAGAGGCUCUCGACGAAGAGGCAGAGGUAUUGGUUCGGAAGCUCUGGCGGAUGAUUAUCUUCUUCUCAGAGAGCGAGAAGAGAGGCCUUUCUGGUUAGAUAAGAGGGCUUAUUGUUUUCUUGAGAUCCAGUAUCGUCAUCAACUGGGGAAACUAAAAUGCACUGGAUGGCACUGUAGGUAUCCGUGCAACAAUUACUUCUUGCGUACAACCGCGCUGCCUUGCAUUGCAUUCC